AUGGUGGAGAUCGGUGCUAUCUCGCUCCUUAUGGCCUUGCUUCGAGAUGGAACAGAAGGCCAAAAAGAGCACGUUCUUCUGACACUAGGAAGUCUAGCUGAAUACCACAGCCAGAAAAUUGUCGACGAAGGAGGAGUUGACCCCUUUUUGAGUCUUCUCCGGACCGGAAACAAGGAGCAAAAGAUGGUGGCAGCUCAAAUAUUGGGCUGGAUUGCUCACAGCAAUGAAGAGCAACGACGAGAGAUCAUAAGCGACGAGGUGAUCGAAUUGCUUGUCGAACUGCUUCGCAGUGGAUCACACGAGGAGAAAGACAAGGGAGUGUUUGCGCUGUGUUAUCUUACCGAUCGCGGUCGCACUAACACGAGAGCAUUAGCGACUAGGACCAUAAUUUCGCUGUUGGUGCCAUUUCUCCGAGAGGGGAGGGAUGAGCAGAAACAUUUUGUAGUUAAUGCGUUUGGACGUCUCGCGCGUAUUGACACCUGCAAGAAAAUGAUCGUGGAGUGUGGAGCUAUCGCACCACUUGUCGAUCUGCUUAAAUCGGACAAUACUGCGAAUAAGGAGCGGGCAGCGAUUGUGUUGGGGCGGUUGGCUGCAAAUGAUGCAGCUAACAGGGACGUCAUGAAGCGCCAUGGGGCUGUUAAUUUACUGAAGAAGUUUUUACGAACGGGAAACCGACAGCAGAAACGCAAGGUGGAGACUGCGCUACAGAGCAUUGGGGAAGAAUCAGGGAGGAAACAAUGUCGUCGUUGA